GCUGGCUGACCAGGCGGGAUAUGGUUAGAUUGGGUGUGCGAGGGAGAGCCAAUACAGACAUGUUUGCCACAGGGAGCAGUAGUUUUGACCCUGAGAAUUUUGGGAUGUCCCAGCAAGCUUCGGAACUCAGCAUUGCCCACUGGGUUAAGAUGUCGGCCAUGACAGAUGACAGUGCUCCAAUGGUACAGCGUAUCAAACACACUGAAGACUCGGAUGUUAGUUCCUCGAAAUCUUUAUAUGGUUCGUCAGAUGGUUCCCCUCCGCGAUUAGAUGACGACGACUCUAGUGAUGAACCGCCAUUUAAAUGUGUCAAAUCUGAACCAGGCCAUGUUCUCUACCAAGACUCGCCUAUGCCAAUAAGCACUCAUAUACCCUGUGGUUUUCAAAUCAAACUCGAGAAUCCUAGUCCAGAGAGACAGUCCCUAUCUGACUUGAGCCCGAACUCGUUGGACUCCUCAGUCUCGUCCAAUGGGAGCCUAAUACCACAGAUCCCCUCACCGCUCAAUUCCCCAAUCAUUGGAGAAGAGGGCAUCAGUGCAUUCACAAAAACUGUCCCCAAAACUUCGGAACAGAAACUGGCGUUAAUAAAACUAAGUCAAAUCAAGAGUGCGUUCAAUUACAGAUCUCCAAAUAAACCCACAUCUAUUGGACAAAUGUUUGCUCUGAAAAAACGAAUAAAACAGGCGCAGCUGAAUGGGGAUGCAAAUUUGACUGCGAACUCCCCCUCUCCCCUAACGGAAGGGGAGGUGGUCAACAGAUUGUUAUCUAAAGACGCAGCCAAAAAUGGAGGCAAGCCGGUGCAGACCGAGCCUGUGGAUUUGUCAGUGAACAAGAAGUCCCCUGAUCACCCGGGCAGCCACCCCAUGGACCUAGGCUGUGUCAAGAAAGAGGACGACGUCAUGAUGCCAGGGGAGACGGUAAAGAUCGGCUCAGCGGCUCUGUUGUCACUGCAGCGCAUCAAGGAGGCAUCAGAUAAGUUUAAAAUGAUGGGCUCCCCCAGCUCCCCUAGACCGGACAGUCAACCAUUUCAAAUGGCAGCAGCUUGUGAUGCUUUCAUAGACCGAGAAAAGAAAAGGCGGGUCCACAGGUGUGACUUCGAAGGCUGCAAUAAAGUCUACACAAAGAGUUCGCACCUGAAAGCCCACCGACGGACACACACAGGGGAGAAGCCGUAUGUAUGUACAUGGGAAGGCUGCACCUGGCGGUUUGCGAGAUCAGAUGAGCUGACCCGCCACUUCCGUAAACACACUGGUGACAAACCGUUCAAAUGUAACGUUUGUGAGAGAGCUUUCUCCAGAUCCGAUCACCUGUCAUUGCACAUGAAGAGACACUGAUUUGUCGGGGUUUGAAUGAGCUAACAUGAUUUCUGAAUGUAGAGGUCACCAAAGCCCAGUUUUGAAUUAUGAUGGACCAAUGAAAUGCCAUCUUUUCAGUUACUGCUGAUUGCCUUCCUGUUGGUGAUUAGUUGCCAUGGCAAUGGUUCCUACUAUCUAGGUUCUUGUUACCUAGGAUACACUGUGCAGCAAUAAACUGUCAUUGCAUUGUCACAAAAACUAAACACACUUUACUUGGUGCAAAUUUGCUGAUAUCUGUAGAAAAUGUUAGCCAUGUACAAAGAAUGGACGCCAACGCAAUACAGGGUACACAGAAUGCGCGACAUGCGCUCUGACCACCGUGAACUUUAACCUCAGCAGCAAGGCCUUGUUAGAGAACUUGACCACCAGGUCGCUGUGUUUUACAGACAGACUUGGCUUUGGCAUGAACACCUCUGCUGGCAAGAGGUGGAGCAUGAAGUAUACUAGUAAACUAAAUGUAUAACAUGUACUUCAGCUGUAGAUUUUAUUGUAAUGAAAUGUUUUUUAUCAAUAGAAUGAAUUUUAUGUCACAUAGAAGCAGCUUUUUAUAAGAGGUAUUGUGAUAAAACUGCACUGCAGUAGUGUGUUACUGAGAAUCAUAGAUUGCGAAGAGAAGAAAAAUGUCUGCUGAUACCCCUAUCAGCAAUGCCUGUAGAUACCGGUUAACUGGUCCUAUUCUUUUCAGAUGUCAUUUCAAUGAAGUGUUUGCUUGGCUGUUGAAUGAAUUGUUUUAAUCUUUUUCCUGUCAAAAGAGUAAGCAUUAUCAAAAGUCAAUAAGAUUGGAAGACUGUUGAACAUGGAAACCUGUUUUUUCCUGGCUCAAGUAAAGCAAUAACUUCUCUUGUCAAUUUUGAUGUCAUUUGUUGUGGAAUCCAGAGACAAUGCAACAGCACAACACUCAAGCAAUAAUAGAUGUUUAUUUGUUUUUGUUUUUAUAGUUUUGACUUAAAAAAUUCUGUGAGAAAGCUGAAGUAUGUUGUAUGAAUACAUAGUACUGCUGAUAUAAUAUUUACAUUUGUUACUUUUCUUUUCUCCUAAGUAGAAAAGGUGAUUUAGUAGUUUUUCUCUCAAAGCAAUAAAAUUUUGUUACAUUGUUGCCAAAUAUGUAUGUUUUUGCUUUGUUAUGAGAAUCUGCUGACACAAAUAGUAUUUUUAAUUUUUUCCUCGGAUGAUGACGGUGCUAAAUAGACCCUGGUGUUAUAGGCACUUAGAAAAUCAAAGUUCUAUUUAACAGAACUACUCCAUCGACCAUUGUAAUUUCAAUAAAUCAAUUUUGUGACUUGACAACAAUUCACAUUUAUUAUUGAUAUUGAUGUAAUAGUAAUCUGAGGGUGUGACAGAGUCAGGCUUCGAAUCAGAUUCUGUAUUCAAUUAAUGUCGGGGAGAGUAUCAUACCACCCACGCUAUUUGUUUUGUUCUUGUCAGAUUUUAAAAUACAUCUGAAUUUAAAUCAAAUCUGUUGACCCCAUAUCAGUUCUGCAUGUGUACAGAAAUUUCAGGGCUACAAUUUAUUACCUGAUAUAGGGGAUAUUUAUUCUCUCCAUUUUUUUGGAAAUAGAUAUUUAUAAUUAUUUUUGAUAUGAAAUGAAAGUGUGAAAUUUUUAAUACAAGUUACUAAAAUUAUGUGGUUUUAAAGUUUUCACUCUAAGCAACGGAUGAGCUGGGACCAAUAGAACAACUUCCUGGAUGAAUUUUACAACCGAAAGGGUCAUGUGUUCAAACAUUGAGAGAGAUUGCUAUAUAUUUUUCAUCCCCUCAUUUACUACAUGUAUAUUUCAUCAGCUUCAAUGUUGUAAAUAUAUGUACCCCUUGUUGUAAAUUUGUCAAAAUCUAUAAACUUAUUGCAGUUGUAAGUUAAUUUAUUAAAAUGUGAUAAACUUGA